AUGUCGCUCAAUCACCACCACACAUGGCUUCCUCCAGGCCAUCUCAGACCCCCCGACGAUAUAUAUGACACGCACUCCUCCGUCAAUGGCCUCUCAAGAACCCCUUCCCGCCCGCGUACACCUCAGCUGCGGUCCCGUGCCACCUUGGAGUCUAUGCAGAGCGGCAUGUCGAUAUCAGAAAUUGAUCCCGCGCCCGAAGAAGACCCUCGCAUAGUCGCAUUUAGAAACAGCUACCAGAAAAGUGAGGCCAAAAUAAAUGCUUUAUUUAGUGGCAAACAGAGGACAUCGGACCCCAGCCUGCCGAGCGUGGAGUCUCGUGAUACCAACGCCGUGGAGGCCGUACCUGAAUCCGCGCAGCCAGGAUCUCAAAUUGCGCCUCGGAAGCCGGCGAGGAAUUUAGACGAAGACGAUUAUGACGAAUAUGAUGAUGAGGGUGGCAGUGAUUCUGGUGCCCAAGGGCCUUCUCCGCCAAAAUCCAAAAGCGCGCCAACCCCCCCUGAACCAAAGCACGCGACUCAAUCACCUCCUCGGCUGCCUUCGCAGCCUGGCCCUGCACCGGAGAACCCUAAAGACGCGAAGAAAGAAUCAGCGGAUGAUAUCCGGAAGCGAUUGGAACAAGACAAAAAGGCCACUGAGGAGGCUGCCCGUCAGAGUUUCCAUACCAUUUUCUACACUCUUGAGAAUGACCGUGAUGCGAUGCUGGACCAACAACGCCUAGAAGAGUCUGAAAGACAAGUUGAGGCCGAAAUGUCCAGCCAGAAUAACACGCAUAAUGAUUCCGCUACAGUUCCGGGUCCUGGACAUGGAACGCUCAGCAGCGCCAAUCUCGGCGCAUCGAGCUUAACACUCAAAAAUCUUAUUGCUCGAAUUGACAUGAAGCGCCAUGAAGUACAAGCUUCUGAUGCUGAGCUGAGAAGCUUAAUGAGUGAAGUUCGGAAGAAUAGGAGUAAAUGGGCAAGUGAAGAGAAGAUUGGACAAGAAGAACUAUAUGAGGCUCUGGAGAAGGUUCUGAGUGAACUCAAAGCUCAGACGGAGCAUUCCAGUGCAUUCUUGACAAAGGUCAAUCGGCGAGAUGCGCCAGACUAUGUUAAUAUUAUCAAGCGGCCUAUGGAUUUGGGCACCAUGACCAAGAAGCUGAAGGCCAUCCAAUACAAAUCCAAACAGGAGUUUGUUGAUGACCUUAAUCUAAUUUGGGCGAACUGCUUGAAAUACAACGCCAACCCUGAGCAUUUCCUUCGGAAGCAUGCUCUUUACAUGAGGAAGGAAACAGAAAAGCUUGUGCCACUUAUUCCGGAUAUUGUUAUCAGGGACCGGGCAGAGGUUGAGGCAGAGGAGCGAAGGCUCCAACUUGCUGAUCUUGAUGGUGCGGAAGAGAGUGACGACGAGCCCAUCAUGUCGUCCCGAGGCCGGAAGGCUCCAGGAAAGAAAUCGAAAAAGGGCACCACGACGGCGCGAACUGCCCCCGAGACAAAGUCAGAGACUACAUCGGUGACAGAUUCUCGACCCCAAGCUCAGGAACUGCCGACUGUUAGACAGGACUCUUUCUUGGAAGGAAGCCAAAAUGAAUCUUCAACGCCGCCGCCAGGCACCCUUACGCCCCUAACCUUAAAUCAUACUGGCCUUCCUGCAACCCAGGGUGAUAGCAUGGACAUAGAUUGCAUCGGACCACCUCCUGCUGGUCAAUGUUCUGCCCUGUUAGGCCUUGGGUCUGAGUUUGAAGAUCCAGAAUUCAAGGUCUGGAAGUUAGUGACAAAGAAGGAUCGUGCUCUUGUCGCUGCUGAAAGACACCGACUCUUCAAAGGAGAUAAAAUUAACCCAGAGGAGCAGGCCCUUCUCAGAACAAAGCCGGGUAUGAGGAGAUGGAUUCGACAUCGCAGAGCAACACCAGGCGAAGUGGAUAAGCCUGAGACCGCUCCUUCACAGGAGAAAGCCGAACCUAGUGGAGAGACUCUUGCUGAAGGGAUUGAGGAAGAAGAAGAUAAAAUGCUUCCUGAUUAUUAUGAUGUGAUGUCGGCCAUUCCUGAUCUACCUGAACACCUUCACUGGGCCGAAGACGCUGAAGGGAAUGUGGUAGAGCACUCAGAAGAGUUCCUUCGGGUUCUCCCAGGUGGUUUAUUUACGGCUCCUGUAAGCAAGUUCUCAAAAAAGUUGGAUGCAAACGUGAGGCAAAUGCAAGAGACUAGAAAGGCUUGUUCGAAGAUCAGUAUUGUCAAGCAAAUGCAACAACAAUCUCAGAUGUACCAAAAUCAAUUUCAAAAGUACCAGCCUGAACGGCUCGUUGAGCAGGAUAUCGCACCUCAUGUCAUGAACGGUGAGGGGCCGGUUAUUAACCCUUGGGUCUGCAGAGCUGCACUUCAGCGAUCUAUUGGAAAGAUUCUCUACCACACCGGUUUUGAAGAAUAUCAACCCUCCGCUUUGGAUGCCAUUACGGACGUUGCAUCGGACUUCUUCACCAAGAUAGGACAAACCCUUAAAUCCUAUAUGGAAGCUCCAAAAGUCCCUGCCCCGGACAGUUCAUCAGAGCAGGCCGGAACAUCAGGAUGGAAGCUGCCAUAUACCUCCGAGGAAAUGAUUUUGCAUACAUUGCAGGCCGUUGGCACGGAUGUGGACACGUUAGAGACCUAUGUUAAGGACGAUAUAGACCGCCAUGGCGCGAAACUUGCUGUUAUCCACGAGCGAUUAAAGAACCAUCUUACGGAAUUAUUGCGCCCUGCAUUCGCCGACACUAGUGGUGACGGCUCUGGAGCUUUCAACGAUGGAAGCGAACAAUUUGUUGGAGGCGACUUUGCGGAUGACAUCGACGAAGAUUUCUUUGGGUUCAAAGAGCUUGGCUUGGACAAAGAAUUUGGCCUUGCAAGUCUCAGUGUUCCCCUACAUCUCCUCCAGAACAGGAUGUUCAACGCUCAUCAGGCUCAGAAUGCAAACUCUGCGCAAUCAGCGUCUGACUUGUUCCCAACCCCACCGCAAUACCCUAAGAUCACCCUAGACUCCAUUCCAUCACAAAUUGGCCUUGCGCGGAACUUCUUCCUGGCUAAGCUCCAUGCCAACAAAGACGAGCCUUUGGUUGAAGACUAUGAGUUACCGCCCAAACAACGACCCAUGGCAGGACGGCCUCGUGUCCCAGCAUCAGGAAAGAUUCCGCCACAGCCUUCUUUAGGUAUUGGAUCCAGUCCCCAAAAGCGCCCGGCACCCCCUUCGACCUCCAUCUCCACCAAAGGCAUAGUUUUGGAGCCCAGCAAGAAGAAAAUUAAGAAGAGUACUGGUGCUCCGACUGGCAUAUUUGGUUCUGAGGGGGCAGCUGAAGAUUCGACCCUUACUACUACUCCGACCAGUAAAGGGGCCGGCAUCGUGAAACCAAAACUAACGGAUGCACCCAACGGCCAUGUUAGUAUGAAUGGUAAUGCUAAUGAUACCAAUGGCGUUACUUCCGAGCCAAUAGGAAGCCAGCCCUUGAAAGGAAGUGCGUGA